AUGUAUUUUCCGGAAAUACAAAGCAAAGGAGAACAUGUUUAUCAUGCAGGACAAGCACAAAUUAAACAAAAUUGUGAAAAAGACAAAGCUGCAAAAAUGAAAAUACCAGUUAAACAUAUUACUCUUGUAUUGCGAGGAGAAAAAAAGAAUAAAAUUGUAUGGAAGGAUUAUGAAGAGUUUAAUUCAAAUAAAAAAUCUGUCGUGAUGGUGAUUAAGCCCUUCUUGGGUAAAAAUAAGCAUUGUUCUGCUAUGGCGGCUAAUCAUUAUUAUCAAAUAUUUUUGUGUCGAAAGGAAGUUUGUGGCGGUCAUGGAAAAUUAUUUUUGAUGAGGAAAUUAAAAACAGGAAAUAAAGAACAAACAAAACUAAUGAAAAUGGAUGAGGGGGAAGAUGUACAUGUUACACAUAUUUUUACUGUUGAACAAAAAAGUGAAGUAAUUGAUCAAAUAAUUAAAAGGUGUAAAGGAACUGAACAUGUAAUUGAGGGAGUUACCUACAAGGCUCCAAGUGCUUCCAAAAAACAACAUCCAAAUAAUAACAAAAAGCCUGAUCAUAAUGAACAACAAAAACAUAACGAAGCAAAACCGGAACAUCAUGCAGAACACAAGGACAAUUCGAAACACACGGAAGAUUCGAAACACAAAGACAAUUCGAAACAAAAACAGGAACAUCAUGCAGAACACAUAGACAAUUCAAAACAUAAGGCCGAUUCGAAAGAAAUUAAGAAAAAUAAAAAAGUGGAGCCGGCUGAAAGAAGGGGUAGAAUUAAUAGCCCUAAUAAUAAAGUUGAGGUUAAAAAGGAAGAAAGUCAUCAAGCAGAAAAGGAGAAAGGUGAAAAGGGCCAGAAAGAAAAUAAAAUAGCUGAACAUAGUGGACAAAAAGAUGGUCAACUUAAUAGUCUAAAAAACCCAAAAAGUAGUCACUUGGAAGAAGAAAAAAUUAAACAUAAAGAGAAUAUUAAUAGCAACAUUGAGAAGCCGGUAAGCGAUUUAAAAGAUGGUAACAGCGUUGAUAAGGAGGGAGAAAAGAAGAAUGAAGUAAAUAAUUUACAGCAAAAUAUACAGAAUAAAUUAAUAGGUGAGCUAAUAAUUCCGGAAAUUCAAAAUAAUUAG